AUGUGCAUUCAAGAAACGAGACUCCACGCCAUCUGCAACCACGCGGCCGUGGACCGCAUUGAGUGCUCGGACAAGUGCGCACACUUUGACACCAUCGAGAUGCAACUUAGCACAUACUGUCAGUCCUGUCGCCAGCAGGUCGACAACACGGCAAUCCUGAACUCGGUACUGCGCUGGAAGCUUGGACCCUGUCCAGCCCGGCGCAGGAAGAUCCGGCCCGUCAAGACAAAUCUUCUCGACGUCCCCGCCGCCCCGAGCACGCCAGGCACGGCGAGGACUCCCACCCAGCAUGUGAGGAAGCUGUCCGGCGCCAAGUCCUUGAGCGCCCUCAGAGAGGCAGCCUCCGCCCCGCCCACGAGGGAACUACCCCCUACGCCUCCUACCGCAAAGAGGCUGAACGCCCGGGCCACGUUCGGGCCACGAUACUCGUUGGACGUGAAACCAACGCCUCCGACCCUCCCGUUGAGGCGGAGAGCAAGCGAGGCCUUCGAGUACGUUGAGGGAGGCGAUGGGCAGCCGAGGCUCGCCCGCGCUCACACCGUGCCAAAGAGCAAGGCCCGUCCCGCUCCGCCGCAGAGGCCCGCUCCCCGCGUGCCCAUCUGGGACACUACCCCCAGGCGGCCAGAAAGGGACCUGAGGUCCCCGAGGGCCUCCCCACAACAAGUCGCAGGUGAAGCAACACCCGCGCCCGCGCUGAGGAGCACCGACAUCGAAACCCACACGACCAUGAGUACGAGGCCUAGCACCGCCAAUACCACAAGCACCACAGCCACGGCCGCCAGCAUCAGCACCAGUGCCAGCAUCAGGGCCAACAUGAACGGCGCACGUAAGUCAGCUCUGUUGCAGCAGGCUCCCUCACACCCGCCCCCUCCCUCACCACAGCGGGACCAGAACCAGAAGACCCAGCAGCCCCUGCCGGUGAGCACCUCCGUGCCGAGGUCCCUCUGGUCCCUACGGCGCAGUCGAUCGUCGGCGCGGAGCCUCGCGCUGGCGAGCACCAAGGAAUAUGUCCACGCCAAGCUGUGCCGCGGCCCUCUACCGUCCCCGACGCCGGGGAAGAACCUCUUCCCCGCGCCAAAGCAGCAGCAGAGGAAGAAGCCUAUCAAUAUCCACGACCCGGAGUGGCUGGCGAGCCACGGCCUCAAGUGGGACGCCCGCGGGUUGGGGCUGGUCAGCACUGCGGUGUGA